UGAUUUAGUAUAAAAAAACUUGUUGAAGUUCCCCUAUAUAAUCGGUUUGACGUUUAAUGUUUAAAUUAUUAACCAACAUACUUAACCUUACUUUUUUGGGUCUUUAUAGGUGUUUUGUUAUCGAUUUUUUUGUAUUACAACUUUCAAAUACGAAAAAACACAAAUUUUAGAAUGGUAAAUCAUCGUUUAGUGUUAUUUCUAGGGCUUCUUCAAUUGGGAUUAACAGAAAAUGUACUUAUGACUGAAGUAUUUGAAAUAACCGUUGACCCGUUUAUGUUUAACUGGACAUUAGAAGAUGUAAAUAACCAGUACGUUUAUCAGCCCUCAUUAUUAAAUUCCCCCGACUUACCAUCAUGGGUAAAUUAUCGAUACAGUGAGCGUCAUCAAGCUGGUUUUCUCUUUGGUGUACCUCCAAAUAAGCAUAAUGCAGAGAUUUUAUUACAAAUUAUUGCCCUCAAUAGAAAAAACUACGAAACUAGACAAAGUGUUUUACCAAUUCGUAUUACAGAGAAAUUAAAUCCUGCAAGGAACGAGGUUCAACUUAAAAUCGAUAAUUUAAAUGUAGAAGAUAUGUUUGAUACUGAAAGAAUGAAUCGUUUAAAGGACGUUUUCAGAAAGAAGUUAUGGAGAGAAAGUGAUGAAGAUCUAUAUGUAACAUUUUUGGCUUCUGCUAUUCAAAUGGGAGCAAGAUUACCACCAAAUCCAAAAGAAGGAGAGGGUGUUGUUAUAAGGAUUGGAAGCAUUGCACCUUUUUCUAUGGAAUUAAUUGAAUUACAAGCUGAAGUUAAACCACUGGAAAAAGUACCACUGUGCCCCAGAGAUUUUAAAAGGACCACUGUUGAAAGAUACUUUAGGGAAGCAGGAUUUGCAUUAGAUUGGUGCACUUUCCGUUUGUUUCCUGACAACAGUUCUUCUGUACUACAGUCAACCACAACUGUAGAAAAACUUUCAAGCAAUGGAAGGGAGUACAACUUUGAGGAUCACUGGGAAUCAUUUUCACGUGGUACAAUCCCAAGAAGAAGUUAUUCAAAGGAAUUUGCUUUUUCUGUUUUACUUCCUUUAUUUUUGCUGGUUUUAUUGGGUCUUCUGUUGUCCCUAGUUUUGUGUUUUCAUCAUGAGGGCAUAGAAGACGAAGAAAGUGAAGUUUUCUUUGAAAAUAUAUUUCAUAUUUGUACCGAUUAUUUUCACAAAAAGAGAUUCAAAGAAAUGGAAAGAAAGGCAACUGAUACUGAAACUAAUAAAAUUUCCAACGAUCAUUUCGCUCUUGAAACAGCUAUAAACGACUUACCAUCUUUAAAUGGUCUUAACUUUUCUCCAAAUUUAUCUAUAAAGUCAAGAAGCAUUACAGGAAGUCCUACGUUUCCUUUAAGUUCAGAUGUUCACAUGAGACCCAGUCCUCCUCCCUAUGUCAGGCCCAAAUUUAAGCCUGGCUUGUGACAUGAAGAUGAUUCUGGAAAAACAUGGUAUUGUUAAAGUUUAUUUUAAUUUUUUUGCUUGCAUUUGUUAUUAUAGGGAUAUAACGUAAUCAUCAUUUUCUUAAAAAUAGCUGCUGAGUCUUUUUAACUUAAACCUUCUUCUUUUAUUUCUUAUUGUUUUUUAAAAUGUAUGUGACAUGUAAUAAGUAAUAUGUUAUUUUUUUUAUUCUGUGAUAAGUAUCUAGUCAUUGAUGGCUGUAAUAUGGGAAGAAUUAAUAGUAGAAUCUGACUUUUUUGUGUGUUUUUAUUUUAUAACAACAAUAAUCUUAAUUAUAUUCUGUAUGUAUUCUAAAAAUAAAAAUAUCAAACAGA